CCAAACCCCACAAGCCCUACCGAUCAUUGUGCGUGUGGCCGGGCAUCCUAACUUCGGGCCUAAGAACCCCAUUGAGGUGACAGCUUUUUUUCAAGUCGUCCUUUGCCACGACUCCGACCCAACCGAACCGGCGCUUCCCCCCUCACGACCUUGGAUUUUCUCCACGCUCCUUUUCUUCUAGUUGUGGGCGAGGCGCUUCCCCUCAGCAUUCCUUAGGGUUUACUCUACACGGCCGAAGACAAAACGCCAGUCGAAGCGCUAGAAACACCCAAAGCACCAACAACAGAAACAGAAGAAAGAAAAGAUAGUUCGAGAUGGCGCCCAAGAAAAAGGGAGGCAACAAGAAAGGCGGUAACGAUGACUGGGAGGCCGAGCUAGGCGAGACCAUUGCCCCGGCGGCUGCUGCCACCACCGACGGCGCGGCUUCCCCGGCCCCUGCCGCCGAUGAUGAGCCCGCUGCCGGCGGCGGCGGCCUUAUGAACCUGAUGCGGAAGAACAAGGAGAAGCGCAAGAAGAAGGGUCUGAGCGAGGACUGGAUUGAGGAGAACCAGGAGACGGCCGAGCAGUCCGCCGAGCCGCUUCCAGACCUGUCGGUCAAAGCCCCUGUGGAGGCCAACCUCGAUGACGAGUUCGCCCUGCCGGACAAAAAGGCUAAGGGCGGCAAGGGAAAGCAGCAGCAGCCCCAGCAGCAGAAGGCCGCGGAGAAGGACGAAGAUGCGGAUGGCGAAGAGCAUGGCAGAGUGCUGACCAAGGCGGAGAAGGAGAAGCUCAAGAAGGAGAGAGAGAAGCAGCGCAAGAAGGAACAGGCCGCGAAGAAGAAGCGCCCGCAGCCGCGCCCGCUCCUGCUGAGACAGGUGGCAAGAAAAAGAAGAUCCCCGCCGCCCUGCUUGCCAUCCAGAAGCAGCAGGAAGAGCUACGGCGUCGGCAGGAAGAGGCGGCGCGGCUGGAAGCCGAGGAGCGUGCCAGGAUAGAGGAAGAAGAGCGCAGGGCGGCCGAGGAACAGAAGAGGAAGGAGGAAGAGAAGGCUCGCAAGAAGCAGAAGGAGAAGGAGAAGA